AUGUACUCAUCAAUGCGAUCACCUCUACCUUCGGGACAUUCCAGUGAUGCUGACAUGAAACUGCGCCAGGCACAAGCACUUGCCGCCAAUCCUGAAAGGAUGGGAUGGAAAAGAGCAGUACCGGCCAGAUUUCCUGGGCUAAGACAAAUCAUCGAAAGAACCGAAGAAGAAAACCAGCUGAAUUGGAUCGCAUCUGCCGAUCUGAACGAGUUAUCGUACUCAAAACUGGUGACGCUGAACGCUGAGAUGGAGCAGCUCAUCCAAGUUUACAACGAAAGCCUCGUUGACGAGCUUGCUCACAGGGAUGAAUUGGAAUACGAAAAAGAAAUGAAGAACACUUUCAUUUCAUUGUUGCUCUCAAUUCAGAAUAAACGCCGUCAAUUUAUCAACGAGCGAAAGAGGAAAGGGACCAAAAUAGAUCCACACCAACUUCCUCAAUUCAUGACUGCAAGUAUUCCGUAUAACGACCAUCAGCACAUGGAUAACGCUACGCUUCAUCUUGAUAAAGAAGCGAUUAACGACGACAGCUCCGUAGUGCCUACACUACUGACCGACUACAUUCUGACGGUAGUGUGCCCAAAAACCGUUGUCUGCUAG